AUGCUACGUCUGGUUUACAGUAGCAGGGGAGCCCCAGUGUUGGGUCCUUUGUUGCAAGAGAAAGCUCAGCAGCUUUUUCCAUCUCUGUAUCCAAACGACGACCCUAGUUCCUUCAAAGCAAGCUCUGGUUGGCUGGACAAGUUUUGUAGUCGACAUGGAAUCAGACAGAUAGCUCUGCAAGGUGAGUCACUUUCAGCAGACUCCGCAGCUAUUGCUCCGUUUGUAAGGGAACUGGAAAGUAGAUUGAAAACAGGAGGCUACUCUAGCGAUCAGGUUUUCAAUGCCGAUGAAACUGGAUUAUGGUGGAGACUGAUGCUUUCCAAGUCACUUGUGUGCAGAGGAGAACGGCGGGCAAAGAACUUCAAGAAGGCUAAGGAAAGGGUCACAUUAUUGGGUUGUGCCAGUGCAUCUGGAACUUGCCGAUUACCACUUGCAUUUAUUAACAAGAGUGCAAAGCCUCGUUGCUUCAAGAACAUGGAUAUGAACAACUUGCCAGUCCACUACUUUUCACAACAGAAGUCCUGGAUGGACGCUAGACUUUUUACAGAUUGGUUCCAUCACAAGUUUGUACCUCAUGUGAAACGAUUCUGUGAGGAAAAUGUGAUUGAGUACAAAAUCCUGCUUCUUCUCGACAAUGCUCCAGCCCAUCCAUCAAUAGAGAUGUUGUGUCACGACAAUGUUCCUUCCUCCAAACACAACAUCUCGUAA